AUGACACCUGAUGAAAUAAAUGAAAAGUAUAUUAACUGGAAAGAUUAUAUCCAUUUUAGGGAAUUUUUUGAAACUUUGCCAACAUUUAGGCAAAAUUAUGAAGAUAUUGAUAGUUGUAUUGUGAAGAAUUCAGUUCACGAAGAAGAUAAAGAACGCAAUAAUUUUAUUAAUAUUUGUCAGAAUAUAAAAGAACUUUUUAAGUUUAUGUCUUCUAAUGGUUCUUGUAACAACGGAAAAUGUUGUAACUAUAUUAACUACUAUAUUAGACAACAAAUUAAAGAGAAUUUUCCUACAAAAGAAGAAGAAUUUUUUGCACGUUUUAAGAAUUAUAUUGAAAGUAAUAAAAAUUAUGAAUCUUAUAAAACAUGUGUGCCGAAAAUAGAAUAUAUAGAAGAAGAAGAAUUUAAAAAAAUGGAUGAAUUAUAUGACCUAUAUGAACAUUAUGAAUCUAUUUUAAAUCCAGAUCCAGAAGAAAAUAAUUCUCCUACUGAAUGCAGCGAUAUAGAUGGUUUCAUUGAAGAAUAUAAUGAUAUUAUCGAAAAACAUAAGGAAGAUAUACCUUUCAUCAAAGAAUUAUAUAUUCUCAGAUGCUCAUUUGAAAAUAAUGACUUAUAUAAUAAUUGCAAAAGUGAGUUAACAGAUAUAUCAGAAAAUGAAGAUAAUCCACGGAAUAUAAAUGAUUGUAAUGGAUCUCUAGAAAAAGUAUAUUUGAAGCAAUAUUCAGAAAGAAAAAAUAGAUACUCUAGUACAACUACUUAUAUUCAACCUGUUAAUAUGAAUGUUAUAAUAGCAUCUACACUUAGCAGUGUAUUUUUAGGAACAGUACUUUAUUGUAUCUAUAAGUUUAAUACGUCAGGAAAUUAUUUACGAAAUCACUUUCCAAGAAUGAAAAGAAUGAAUAGAAAUAUAAGAGACGGAACAUACCAACAAGAAAUGUGUAACAGAAAACAUUAUCAUAGGAAUUUGAAAGAAAAAUGUUAUAAUGUAUCAUAUGUUUCAGAAAGGAAAUACUAA